AUGGAUGAUAUAUUUGAUGAAACCGGUGAUGAUCUCACAGUAGCUCGACAUGAUACUCAAUUAAUUGAAACAAAUCGUUUUAAAGAUGGUUUUCGUGAAGGAUGGGAAUCAAGUGAACAAGAUGCAUUUGAAAAUGGUUUUAUUCGUGGUUAUUCUCUUAUAGCAUCACUUGUAUAUGAUUAUAAUUUUGAAAAAGAACGUUUAUAUUUACAAAAUCCUUCAAAUUCAUUAUUAAAAAGAGAAUUUCAACAAUUUGAUAUUGAAUUUCAAUCAACUAUAGCUCAAUUAAAAAUUCCUGAUGAACUUAAUGAAGAACAACAAAUUGAAACUAUAAAACGAUUAAGAAUGCAAUUUGAUGAACUUCUUUUAAAAAUAAAAUUUCAAUUAAUAUCAAUUAAAUCUGUAUAA